AUGAUUUUUUUGGCCUCAGAUUCUGAGGCCACUGACACAGCGUCAGAUUUUGAUGUUGGCCAGUUCACAGAUACAUCUAGCGAUGUAUCUGUGGCUGCUGGGUCCGCUGCCACAAGUAGUGGUGGCAGGGCACCUGAGGAGUGGGUAGCACCUAAUAGGUGUAAGCCAGCUAUCCCUCCUUUUACUGCAAUUCCUGGCAUCAAUAUUGAUGUUACAGGAUUCACCCCAUUGCAGUUUGUGCAGAUUUUUUUGGGAGAAGAUAUCUUGGGAGACAUUGUCUCCCAGUCAAACCUUUAUGCCCAGCAGUACCGUGCUGCUAACCCCAACUCCUAUUUUGCAAAGCAGCCAUGGACCCCCAUUGACGUGCCAGAAUUUCUUAAAUUCUGGGCGUUAACUAUGCUGAUGGGAAUUAUUAAAAAACCCUCCAUCCGCUCCUACUGGAGCACCAGCCCCAUCCUUAGUACCCCUAUUUACACCCAGUCCAUAGGUAGGAGAAGGUAUGAAAUGAUUCUUCAUUUCAUGCAUUUUAGCGAUAAUAGCCUGUGCCCCCCUAAGGAACACCCACAGUUUGACAGGCUCUAUAAAAUCCGCCCCCUGAUUACCCAUCUCGCUGCCAAGUUUGCAGAGGCUUAUAGACCUGGAAGGGAUAUCUGCGUGGAUGAAUCUCUGAUGAAGUAUAAAGGAAGGUUGGGAUUUAAGCAGUAUAUUCCUUCCAAGCGCUCCAGGUACGGCAUAAAAUUGUAUAAGCUCUGCGAGAGCGAGACUGGGUAUACUCAGGCUUUCCGGGUAUACGAGGGAAAGAAUAGCCACCUUGACCCUCCAGGUUGCCCAGAACAUCUGGGCACCAGUGCCAAGAUUGUGUGGGACCUAAUAUUCCCACUUAUGAACAAAGGCUACCACUUGUAUGUUGACAACUUUUAUACAAGCGUCCCUUUGUUCAAGCUGCUGUGUUGUUUUGACACAGUAGCUUGCGGUACUAUUAGAAAGAACCGCGUGGGUUUCCCACAAGAUCUGGCACAAACCCGACUACGAAAGGGGGAGACCUCAGCUCUACGUCAAGAGGAGCUCUUGGCAUUGAAGUUCAUGGACAGAAAAGAGGUGUGCAUGCUGACCACCAUCCACGAUGAGAAAACUGUGGAGGUUUCUGUCCGUGGCAGAGCUGGGGUCACUAGAAAGCCAGUGUGCAUCAGGGCCUAUAAUAAGAACAUGGGUGGAGUUGAUCUGUCAGGCAAAGGCCUGGUACAAGAAGGUUGCAAUUUAUAUCAUGCAAAUUGCGACCUACAAUGCUUUUUUGUUGCACAAAAAAGCAAAUCCCGGAAUCCAACUGUCUUUUUUGCAGUUUCAACUUCAAGUUAUUUCGGGUAUCUUGUACCAAGAUGCACCUGUUCCCCGGGCGGUGACAGAGUCUAG